GAGAGAGUCAUCACUUCACUUCAAACUCUGUUAAUAGCAGUAGAAAUGACAGAAAUCUAAAGCAUUCUCACCAGUGAGGAUGUGGGACUGACUUGUACCAAACAGUCUUCAUAUCUUAUCCGAUGUCAAUAUAUUUAAUGCAACAGUAAUAUGCCUCUGAAAGUUAUCAGCAAUAACACGGUUCUGUACUCCAACACAGCAAUUAUUUGGGUUAUAUAAUCCAUUAGUAGUCCAGAGUUCAGUGAAGAGGGCUUAGGUUGACAUCUUGCUCUCUAAUGAUGAAAGGGGCUUCCUAUCCAGUUAUAAUUUAUUUUUGGAAUUGAAUUCCAUGGAGAUCAUUUACCAAUUUAGAUAUUUUAUUUUCUAUAUUCAUUAAUAGAAUUAUGUUUUAAUUUUGCCAUUCUUGUGGUUUACACACAAUAGAUGUAUUCUUAUUAAUUCCGUAUGUUGGUGUUACAGUGGCUGUCUUGCAGAGAUCGAUGCCUUUAUGAAGAAAGAUAGGGACGAAUAAGCACUGAUAAUUAACAUCUGUAACCUGUGUCUGGUGGAAAGUAGUGCUGAAGAUAAGUUUCUGCUGUGUGUAUAUAUAUUCUGUGACUCAUUGGUCUCUGUUAGAGUGUUGUCAACACAUAAUCUGACUGUUUAUGGCCUCCGUUCAUAUAACCUCUAACUGCUGAGGCCCAUGUACUCUCUGCACCAGCCAAUCAUCAGGUAUGACUACCCAAUAAAUGGGUAAUACUGUUGAACCCGCUGUGGAAAAAGAGAAGGCAGAAAAGUGGAAGGGAGACAGUUCACAGGUCUUCUGAUGCUAAGGUGGAAGUUGUGGCAAAAACCUUUUUAAGAACAGCUGGUGUGUGUGACAACAGAGACAGAGCUCAGUGUGAGAUGAGAAGAAGGAUUUAACUUAAGCAAUGUUGAACCGACGUGUCGGGAGAGUGAGGAACGCCCUGGUGCGAGAGUGCUUGGCUGAGGUCUUGGGAACUUUUGUCUUGCUGCUCUUUGGCUGCUCUGCUGCAGCGCAGGUAAAGACAAGCAGAGAGACUAAAGGUCAGUUCCUGUCAGUCAACAUGGCCUUCUCUGUGGGCGUGAUGUCAGCUAUGUACCUCACCAAGAACAUCUCAGGUGCUCAUUUCAAUCCAGCGGUAACUCUGAGUUUCUGUGUGUUGGGCCAGCUUCCCUGGGGAAAGCUGGUGCCCUACUGCCUCUCCCAGGUGCUGGGGGCUUAUCUGGCAUCAGGGCUCGUCUACUUGGUCUACUAUGAUGCCAUUAUGGAGUUUAGUGGAGGAGUAUUGACUGUCUACGGCCCAAAUGAGACAGCAUCUAUAUUUGCCACAUAUCCCUCAGAGUACGUCACUUUGGGUAGGAGUUUCCUUGACCAGGUAGUGGGCACUGGCAUGCUGAUGUUGUGCAUACUGGGUUUGGAGGAAAAGAGAAACACCCCCGCUCCCUCAGAGCUGAUUCCUCCUAUAGUGGCAGUGAUCGUCCUGGGGAUCUCUAUGUCAAUGUCAGCCAACUGUGGUGCUGCAAUAAACCCUGCUCGGGACCUGGGGCCACGCCUCCUCACACUGACUGCAGGCUGGGGCACUGAGGUCUUUACGUGUUACAACUACUGGUUCUGGGUGCCCUUGGUGGCCCCACUUCUUGGAGGUGUUAUAGGUUCUUUCAUAUAUUUGUUCUUCAUCCACUGGCACCUGCCUGACCCAGACCCUCCUGAGGGCCUCUUCUCUCUCUCAACUGUCAGUGACAAAAUCAAGCAGCCCAGCACAAUGUGGGACAAUAGAGUAGAGUUAAAGGCUACAGAUCUCUUUUACUGUAAUGAAAAUAUCUUGCCAUGAGCCAGUUAAAGACAGAUAUCUGUUAAUUAUGUUGGAGAAAGCAGAGUUUGAAUACCUGAGUUUAGGCACUGUUAAGAUGCAUACUCAAAAUGCCUUUGUA